ACGCGGUCGUCAGGGUACGAGUUGAAGCCACUUGUACCUGCGGAUACCCUAACCAGACGGUUUAUCACAUGUUCAUGGAGUGUCCUGAUCUUCAUGAUGCAAGGUUACUGUUGAUUCGGAAGGUCAAGCAUUUCCGAUGGGAGACGCUUCUGACGACCGACCUGAAGAUUGCUGUUCACUGGGCCAUGAUGUACUUCAGGCUUGAACAGUUUUCGAUAGCUCGACUAGACUCUAUGUUCUAUGUCAACGCUGGAGGCUCUUAAGCCUCUACGUACGGGUCUUGGAAGACGAUGAGGUUGCCGGACCAGGUCCACCCACAACUCAAUCCUUGCAUUACUUAUAGCCCUUUGUUGGUUUAUGCCUUCUUCAUCUAUUCCAUUUCGCGUCUUUGGGGUUCCUCGUUAGGUCAUUAGCCUGACUACGUACGAGGCCCUUGUUUAUAUUGAUGGUGCACUGAUGUUUGGCUGAUCCGUUGAGUCUGUCACGUGCUGUGUCCCGUGACCCAUUUGACCCUCCUUACGCCGCCGACGCCGACGUCACGACUUCAGGUCUUUGACUUUAGGCAACUGAACUCACACAAA